AUGCUGGGACGACUGCAAGGGUACACCCGGAGCGUGCUUCAAAGACAGGGCCUUCCCAUCCCACACUCCUUGGCCUUGGAGAACAUCGCACGCCCCGAGGAGGCCAACUGGGGCAUAGGCCCUUCACCAGCCCCCAUGGUCAACACAAGCUAUGCUGCUAGCCCGUGGGAUCCCUGGUCUUUUGCCAGCCGGAUUGGCCUCAACGACGAGGGUGCCCAGUUCCUGGCGUCUCUACCCGAGGAAUUGCUGAAAGCCAGCAUUCAGAGCUUCGAUCCCGCCGGCACCAAGGAUGGCAAUGUGUGGGGACGUCUACUCGGCUUUAUCCGCGGCCUUUGGAUGAAACGCCUUCAGCUGAACGAGGAGGCCACAUCUUGCGUCAAGAACCUAUCGGAGGAGGCGCUGAUGCAGGUCAUGAUAUCCUUCCAUCCUGGACCGAAGGAUGGGAACGUUUCUGCUCGACUCCUUGCCUUCGCCAAGAAUCUCUCGUGGUCCGGCCCGAUGCAGCACCAGGGGUCUUAUGAGCAGCCCUGGCAGGAUCCGAGUGCAGCCAUGCCGACGCCAUCGCCCUCGGCGCCCAUCAGCUAUGCUCCGCCACGUGCGCAGGCGCGCAGCGCAUCAUCCGUUAUCUGGGAGCUCGCCACGUACUGGCAGCUGGACCAAGGUUCUAUAGACUUUUUGAUGCAAUUGCCGGACGAGAUCAAGUGGGAAAUCUCCACGGGCUUCAACCCUUGGGGGGCGAAGGAUGGGAACAUUUGGGGACGCCUCUUGGGCUUCAUCCGCGUCCUCGUAGCGCAGUGGGUCGGAUGGGAUCGGACCAAAGUGGAAUACAUGAAGACACUACCAGAGGACCAGCAGAAGGAGAUGAUUCUGACUUCGCUUUCCGCCGUCUAUCAGGGCUACACCAACCAGGCAGUGUGGUCUUCGCCACGCCCCAGCGCUCCGAGUGGAACACCGACCCUGAAGCAAUUCGUCGACCGCUGGGGUCUGGACGAGCGGGCCAGCCAGUUCCUGCAGGCCUUACCACACCACGUUCUGCAGGUGGUGCUGUCGGCAUUCGACGCCUCUGCUUCUGCAGAUGGAAAUGUGUGGGGUCGCCUCCUCGGCUUCGUGCGUUCGACGUGGGGAAGAACUAUGAAGCUCCCAUUGGAGGAAGUAUCACACCUCAAGACCAUGCCCGACCUUGUUCAGGUCCAGAUCAUCACGGAGUACAACCCUGCCAGUGGUAUGCGGCUUGUUGACUUCGCCAAUCAGACGUUGCAGGCCUCAGGAAUGGCCUCAGAGAUGCCUGUCGCGCCGGCGCCGGUACCUCCCGUCGACCCUGGGGCCGUGGACGCUUUCAUCGCGCGCUGCGGCCUCGAGCCCUCGGCCCGGGAUAUGUUGAUUGCUUUGCCGCCCGAGAAGCUGACGCAUGUCAUGGAGACCUUCAACCCAGAUGGCACCAAGGACGGCAAUGUCCUGGGCCGCCUCGAAGGCUACAUCAGGUCGAUGUCCGUCUUCAGGCAAGGAGCAAAGAGAGCUCGCAUUUACUGA